GGCCAUUAUUGAAAAUGACAACAGACAACCUGAACAGUGCGGACACCACCGUCCAAACCCUCCGCAAUGUUCUCACCUCCGAGACUGAGCCGCUCGCUCGUCGCUUUCGCGCUCUAUUCUCGCUAAAGCAUCUCGCAUGCCUGCAACCGCCCACCGAGAAGACACUCCCCGCGAUCCAAGCCAUCGCUGCCGGUUUCUCUUCUGCGUCAGCUCUGCUCAAGCAUGAACUCGCAUACUGUCUCGGUCAGACGCGAAACACUGAUGCGUUGCCGUUUCUGCUCGACGUGGUGCAGGAUACCCAGGAGGAUUCGAUGUGUCGCCAUGAAGCUGCGGAGGCGCUGGGCGCGCUUGGCUACGAGAGCAGCUUGGAGGUUUUGAAGGCGCUUAGGGACAACGAGAAUGAAGUGGAUGUUGUUCGGGAGACAUGCGACAUUGCUGUGGAUAGGAUUCUGUGGGAGCAAUCGGAAGCUAGGAAGGCUGAGAAACUGAAGCCUAGUGAUUUCACGUCCAUUGACCCGGCCCCGCCCAUGCCCUUGACUGCGAAAGAGCCUUCGAUUCCUGACCUAGAGAAAACACUCCUCGACACGAAUCUGCCAUUGUUCGAACGAUACCGUGCCAUGUUCGGGUUGCGCGAUCUUGCCUCACCACCUGAUCUUCCCACUGCCAAGCAAGCCGUCCAAUCACUCGCAAAGGGCAUGAAAGAUCCCUCCGCUCUUUUCCGUCACGAGAUCGCAUUCGUUUUCGGUCAGCUUUGCCACCCGGCGUCAGUACCAAGCCUUACAGAAACCCUUAGCGACUUAAACGAAGUUGGUAUGGUGCGACACGAAGCUGCAGAGGCACUUGGCAGUCUAGGUGACGUCGAAGGCGUGGAGGACACUUUGAAGAAGUUCUUGAAUGACCCAGAAAAGGUUGUGAGAGACAGUAUUAUCGUGGCUCUUGACAUGGCAGAGUUUGAGAAGAAUGGGGAGAUUGAGUAUGCGUUGAUUCCAGACUCUGGUAACCCUGCUGCAGUGCCUGCUGCUUGAUUGGCACGGAGAAGGUCACGGCGAAGAUUAUUAUUGGUCUUCUAGCAAUGCAAAUAGAUA